AUGUCGUUUGAUUCGAUCUCUUCUGGUGCGACGGGGUGUUUCCCCCGUCGUGCGCACACAAUUACUGCGCCAGAUGAAGCACACAAUUAUAUGGUCACGGUAAGUGAAGGAAAAAUAGGAGUAAAUGAGAGAAAAGAAACUUGUGAGCAGGUGUACAUGCACUGCUUCAAUCCGGAAGACCAUAAUGACCGUGUCUGCAUCGACUUGCACAAACGAUCCACAACCGAAGAACUCAUCGAUAGAGUGAUAUCGAUGCGCUCUGGUGAGUAA